AUGUCGAAACUGCACUUUAAGCCAGCUGAGAACCCUUACACAGAGCCACUCAUGGAGACUUUCAGGUUUAAGGAAGUGGGUGGAGGUAGAUUGGAAACUCUGGAAUGUUCAGACCAGAAACGUUUCUUCUUGUGGGUCUUCCUAAUGAUGUCCGAGUCAUUGCUUUGGGUCUUUCUCUCUAAAGACCAACAAAGAUACAAUACGGUUUCGGCCAUAGCAGACAAUGUUGUUGUUUUGACAGACGAUAGCUUCGAGAAGGAGGGCACCAAAGAUAAAGGAGCUCUUGUCGAGUUUUACGCUCCUUGGUGUGACUAUUGCAAGAAACUUGCUCCGGUCUGA